GGGCCGUCCACGCGGUAGGCGGGGAAGCGGAAGUGGGCGGCGCUCCGGCUGCCUGGGAAAUGUCAGCCGCCUGACUGGGGACGGAUUUUCCUUACCCCGGAGCCUGCAGGCCUUUCUAGUGGUCGUCACCGCCGUCGCCCCGGAUCGCCGGUCGCAGGUCCGGGACGGCUGUGGCGGACGCGGGGUUCCCGGUCCUUGUGCGGACGCUGUCUGGCCUGAUGGGGAGGGCGUGAGCCCUGUGGGGUCUGCGGUCUGAGGCCGGGCGCUGGCGGAGAUCGAGAGGACCUCGGAGACCCCGAGCCGCCGCCGCCGCCGCCACCGCGGGCCUUCGUUCCCGGCCACCGAGUGGAGGCGGCAGCCCGGUCCGCCGGCCAGCUUACAGAUAUGACCCAGACCUGUACAUGAGUGACUUUGGUUAGUCAGAGUGAACAUUCAAUAAUGAGUGGUGCAGCUUUGGGACUUGAGAUUGUUUUUGUCUUUUUUCUGGCGUUAUUCCUACUUCAUCGAUAUGGAGACUUCAAGAAACAGCAUAGACUCGUAAUUGUUGGAACACUACUAGCUUGGUAUCUCUGUUUUCUUAUCGUCUUCAUAUUGCCUCUGGAUGUUAGUACGACUAUAUACAAUCGGUGCAAGCAUGCUGCUGCAAACUCAAGCCCUCCUGAGAAUAGCAACAUCACAGGAUUAUAUGCAACUGCUGCCCCAGUUCCCAGCCAGCAUCCAUGUUUCAAGCCAUGGAGUUACAUUCCUGAUGGAAUCAUGCCAAUUUUCUGGAGGGUAGUAUAUUGGACAUCACAAUUUUUAACAUGGAUUCUGUUACCUUUUAUGCAGUCAUAUGCAAGAUCAGGAGGGUUUUCCAUUACCGGAAAGAUCAAAACUGCACUGAUUGAGAAUGCAAUUUAUUACGGCACCUAUUUGCUGAUUUUUGGAGCAUUUUUAAUUUAUGUAGCUGUAAACCCACAUUUGCACUUAGAAUGGAACCAGCUUCAGACAAUCGGGAUAGCUGCAGCAAAUACGUGGGGCCUGUUCCUUCUUGUGCUGCUGUUGGGGUACGGUUUGGUAGAAAUUCCUCGGUCAUACUGGAAUGGAGCAAAAAGAGGUUAUCUGCUUAUGAAAACGUAUUUUAAGGCAGCCAAACUGAUGACAGAGAAAGCAGAUGCAGAAGAGACUUUAGAAGAUGUCAUGGAGGAGGUUCGUAAAGUGAAUGACAGCAUCAAGUAUAACCACCCAUUGAGAAAAUGUGUUGACACGAUUCUUAAAAAGUGCCCUACAGAAUAUCAGGAAAAAAUGGGUAGGAACAUGGAUGAUUAUGAAGAUUUUGAUGAAAAGCAUAAUACCUACCCAAGUGAAAAGAGUCUGGUAAAACUACAUAAACAGGUGAUUUAUUCAGUUCAGAGGCACCGUCGAACUCAAGUACAAUGGCAGAUUCUUCUGGAGCAAGCAUUUUAUCUAGAAGAUGUAGCAAAAAAUGAAACUAGUGCUACUCAUCAGUUUGUUCAUACCUUUCAGUCACCAGAGCCAGAAAACAAAUUUAUCCAAUAUUUUUAUAAUCCUACAGUUGAAUGGUACUGGGAAUGUCUUUUGCGACCAUGGUUUUAUAGGAUACUUGCUGUGGUUUUGUCCAUCUUCUCUGUGAUUGUUGUGUGGUCCGAAUGCACAUUUUUUAGCACUACACCUGUCUUAUCCCUCUUUGCAGUCUUCAUACAGCUGGCUGAAAAAACGUACAAUUAUAUUUAUAUUGAGAUUGCUUGUUUCCUUUCCAUCUUCUUUCUGAGCAUCUGUGUUUAUUCUACUGUGUUCAGGAUUCGUGUAUUUAACUAUUAUUACUUGGCUUCACAUCACCAAACUGAUGCUUACAGCCUUCUUUUCAGUGGCAUGUUAUUUUGCCGUUUGACUCCUCCGUUGUGUCUUAAUUUCUUGGGUUUGACCCAUAUGGAUUCAUCCAUCUCUCACCAGAAUACACAGCCAACUGCUUAUACAUCUAUUAUGGGUUCCAUGAAAGUUUUAUCCUUUAUCGCAGAUGGAUUCUAUAUAUAUUAUCCUAUGUUGGUGGUAAUUCUCUGCAUUGCUACUUACUUUAGUUUGGGAACUCGUUGUUUGAAUCUACUUGGUUUCCAGCAGUUCAUGGGAGAUAAUGAUAUGACAUCAGACUUGGUUGAUGAAGGAAAAGAAUUAAUCAGACGAGAGAAGAGAAAAAGACAAAGGCAAGAAGAAGGUGAAAAUCGAAGAAGAGAAUGGAAAGAACGUUAUGGACACAGUAGAGAAGAUUCCACUAGAAACAGAAAUGUUCAUGUUGACCCAAAAGAGUCAAACCUCUCAGAUCUUAGUACCAACCGAUCAGCAUCCAAAUAUAACAGGGCCAGUAACAGAACUGAAAGGGACCGAAUAGAACUCCUCCAAGAUGUAGAACCUUUGGAUUUUAAUGCAGAAACAUUCACUGAUGAUCCUCUGGAAUCUGAAUCGGGAAGAUCAUUUCUUUAUCCACCUUUCAGGUAUCAGCCUGGUGGACGAUACCUCUCGAUGUCUCAAAGCAGAAUAUUUGAUGAUGUUUAAAGUCUGAAAAUUUAUGAACAACUAACCAAGAUCAACGCAUCAAUCCAGUCUUUCAGAACAUAUGUGUGCCCUAGAAUUUAUACUGUACUCUUAGUGAAAAUGUCAGGACAAAACAGGCCCUGAAAGUUAAUCACAUCUUAGUAAUAAUAGUUUAUUGCCCAUUGGAUAGAGUGUCAUCUUUUCUUGUAAGGUUUAUUACACACUGUUCCUGACGUGUCUGCCUUAGGAAGUACAGGUGUAGUGGAAGGCAUUCAAUUCAUGGUAAAGAUCGCUAUAUGUUGAGAACAUGUAGUUCGGUUUGUUUCAUAUUAGUUUUUCUUGGGAAAGUUGUUUUAAAGAUCCAAGAAAGCCAUAAGUCAUAACUAAAUAACAUCAUAUGGUUUUAUUAUUGUGAUUUACAUUUUUGCUGUUUCUAAAGAAUAUGUUAAUCCCAUAUUUCCCAAAGAGAUGGAGACCUCAAAUAGUAAUGGUAUUUACAAAACCCAUGUCUUAAAACAAGGCUUACUUACCAGACAUAACUGAAUGUAGAAAGCUCUUUUUCAACUCUAUAUGCAAAUCAGUGAGGUUUUUGCAUGUAUAAUUAAGAUUAUACUUCAACUGAUAGUAUUAGUAUCUUUAGCAUGUAUACUAUAGUCGGGUGAUGUAUUAUUCUUUCAGUCUUUGCUAGUAACUGGAAAUUACUAUUCGCUUUUGGUAUUGCUUUGUAAAAGAUUUUCAUUUCAGGGAGAAAUAUUCACCUUUAUCAUUCAGCGUAUUAACUUAAGUGUGGAUCGUUCCACUCAAAGAGAAUCUGAAGCAUUAAUGGUAAAUUGUGGGUUGUUUUUGUGUUUUUUUUUUUUUAAUAGCCAAAGAGUCCCACAAAAUUCUCUAAUUUUUAAAGGUGCCUCUUGAUGCUUUGUGGAAAAUGGUUACUCUAAGGAAAAAAGUGAAUCCAUUUACUAAUACUUAAAUUUGGGUUUAUAGAAUGGAAAUAUGUGAUAACUGUUAAACGUGCUAAUUAUUUUAAAAUGAGUUUUUUAAUUUUUGUGUUUAAGCCAAAGUUGGGUAUUAUAUUUUGAAUCAUCAGUGUUUUAUUGCACAGUGAAUAUUGCACAGUUGAACACAAUAUGCUUCCAGAGAGUUUUUUGUGUCCCUGAAAUGUUUGCAACUCAAAGAAUCCCUGCUAUGGAUUCACCCAGUGGUGACUAUUCUUGAGCUUGCCCACAAGUCUCAGUUUAACGCCUAUUAUUCUGUAUAAAUUUUAAUAGUCCUCGCUUUCACUCUGAAGUUUCCCAGUUUAAAAAUGAGUUAUAUGAUCACCCUAACAAUAUGAUUUUAUGUUUUUUAUGUUUCUUGAAGGUAAUCUUCCCUUGAAUCAUAAUUUUAAAUUUUUUAUUUUGCUUUUUAUUUAGUAUUAUCAUGUAAAUUUUUAAAAGACAGUUCUAUGCAGAUACUGAAAGGAAUAGUAUAUCAUCCUACUUACCUGAUUUUGUUUAAUUUUUAUGAUCUUUGAGAUUAAAUCCCUUUAAAUAAUUAUAAAUGGAUAGAUUUUAUUCUCAGUCAAAGGUCAUACAGGCUGCCCAUUUGAGAACCCACACAGAGACUUUCACUGUAAAGUGUGGUUACAGACUGUAGGCCAGGAACAGAGAUCAUUUGAUAUUGUUUGUCAUUUCAUGACUGACCAUUCAAUAUCUUGGACAAAUUAUGUAACCUCUCAGUGCCUCAAUUUCUUCAUUCGUGAAAUGAAGAUGAUACUUGCUAUUUACCUACUCAUCUACCUCACAAAACUAUUGUGAGGGUAUUGAGUUGAUGCUGAUAUGCUGGAGUUUAAAACAAAACAAAACAAAAGAAGUUGUAACCUCUGCUGUUCUUCCUAGUGGUACUUGAAGGUGUUGGAUGGAGAAAUGAUAAGCUCGGAGAGGGGUUCAGUUUCUUUAUAAUUACAGAGAAGCUUUUAAGUCCCUGAAGCAAAAACUGUUUUUGGAAUAAUUUAUCAAAAGUCCUCUGAAAAUAGUAUUGUGGUAUAUUUGGUCUUUGGGUUUACCUUGGCAUAUUUUCCUUAAGUAUAAUGUUGUUUCUCAUCAGGUUUUAUCAUGAAACCCAGAUGCUGUACGAGAAGCAGCAGCAGAAAAAUUAUUCACUUAUAAGUCACUUUUGUAACUUAUAAUACCCUAAAGUAAUUGCUAGGAAUAUGUAGGGGAAUGUACUACUUUCCUUUAUUAUUUUUUUAUGAUUAUAAUAAUUGAAGUGUAUGUAAUACUUCACAAACAACCUAGCUCCCUUUGUGACUUCUGAGUUAUUUCCAAAAUAAUUUUUGGUUGUUUAAAUGAUCUAGAGUCAACUUUUUAAGCAGAAUUUAUCUUACAGGAUUUUAUAUACGAUCAUAUAGGAAGGUUACCUGGCUGGACAAAUUUGAGUUCAUAACAUUUUAACCUCUGAAGAAUAAAGAAUUUAUUGGUGGAGGAACUAAGUUAAUGUCUGUAAAGCCACCUUGUGUAAAAAACUAAAGUAAGAACAAGUUUUCUGCUUGGGGAAGCUUAUUAAAAUGUAAUGACAUCUACUGCAAAACAUUACUACUAAAUUCAUACACUUUAAGUGCAAAGUAAUUUCCUAAACAAUUACUUCUGACAAUUAGCUUUUGAUGUCUUUCUUAUAUAAUAAUAGAUAUCCAAUUAAAUUUUCUAAAUUAUUUUUCUGAAUAAUUAUUAGGUAAGAAUAUUCAGUAAGCCAAUAAUUCAAAAUAACCAUUGCAGAAAGUGAUAAUAAUCUGUUAAUUUCACGAAUCACCUGUAAGUUGCUAAUUAACUUUUGUUACUACAUCAGUAACUUGAUCUUAUCAGUAAAGCAUUUUUAUAAAAAUCAUUAGUAAAAUAAUAAAUAAGGUUUAAACCUAAUUAUUAGGAUUUGCUCUCUUACCAAGUGAAUAUAAGGGCUUUCGAGUACUUUCAAUACACAAGUCCUCACUUCACAAGAGUGAUAAAAGCUAAGUCAAAACAUUCAAAGAUUUUCCAUUUAUUAAAAAAUAGAUCAGAAAAUUUGACAAUCAAAAAUAAAUACCGCGAGUUGAUCUAUUUUUGGUCUCUACUAUUUGAUUAGAGUAUCAGUUCUUAAAUUUACACUGGUUGUGUACCCAAAUGAAAUUAAAUAUGGAUAGGAAAGUCAAUUUGUGGGCUUUUAAAAGUAUAUUUCAGCAUACGGAUAAAAGAAUUUCAUUUAUGUACAAUAGCAAACCUCAUUUUUUGUCUUGUAAGAGAUUCAGGGAAUGUUCUUGAUGGUAUGUUGAUGAGCAUCUUAAAAGAAAGAAAGCUCUCCCUAAUUACAAUUCACACUGUUCAGUAAUAGGAGUUUUGUACUUGUGAUUUGAGUGGACCAUGCCUGAAAGUUACAAGGAUAAGUAUAUUUGCACUAAAGAGACAAAACAUGUCCCUGAGAAAUCUUAACAUACUUGAAUCUGUAAAGUGUAAUGGAUCACAUUACAUUAAAUUCUAAAUGUUAAGGAGUAAAUGGAUUUAGAGUUCUAUCUUUUCUUUGUUUUCUUCCUUCCUCGUCCUUUUAUACUUUCUGAAACUUCUUUUUACAGUAUGAUUUUUAAUAUGCUGACAGAUUUUCUUUGUUUUGUGUAUACAGUUGUUUCUGAUGAUCAGUACACUCAAAAGGAACUAGUUCUGAUUCCACAUCCCACUACUUGAAUAGUAAUAUUGCACCGAAAGUAGUGAAACAUAUUUUUCUAGACAACUAAGCAACAUCUAAAUGUAAAUGUGAUACAUGCUGACUCAGUGUGUUGUCUUUAGGUCACUAAAGAGGACACUUCAUUAAUAGGAAUUACUCUCAGUGUAAUGUGUUGGCAUAAAAUGGAUUUCCAAAAACAAUGAUUUUAAAAAACACAACAACAACAACAAAUAAGAACCUUAAGAUAACUUUUUAUGAGAAAGAGUUCAUAAAUAACCUACAUAGUUGUCAAAGUUUCAUUAGGAGAGGUUAGAAUAAUACAAGAGGGUUAUAGGAGGCGUUCUAAAAUAUUAAUUCCCUCCAUGAAAAGUACUUCUUCCCAGUGGACUUUUUCAUGCCCAGAGAACUAGAAGACCAAGCCCUGUCAUCCUUUACCCCAACUCCUGGAGACCAGGCCUGAUGAAUCCUUUUCCCCAGCAGAGUGGGCACUAGCCCUGCCCUAUCCUCAGUCCCAUCAUUGGGAACAUGACCUCACUUCUAAUUCUUUUCACACUUAGUCUGGUCUUCCUAAAAUUUUAUUAUCAUUGUCAAAAGAUUUGUCCAUUGAGGUUGGUUGAAGCCUUUCUACAAUUUUUAAUUUAUUAAUAAAGCAGGAAUAUUGGCAUGUUCCUCUUCUUAUUGAUAAUCUUAAAAGACAUUUAUUUUUGACACACACCCUGGAAAAAAAUAACUUUUUCUCCUGAAAAUUUUUUCUUUGGUGGUUAUCUUGAUCUCAAAUCAUUUUAUAAAAGAUUUUUUUUUUCUGUACUCAGUGCAAAAGUGUAGAAAAAGUGGUUUACUAUGGCAGAUAUAUGUAGGGUAAAGUCAUAAUUUGUGACUCUGUGCAACACCAUAUUGAGUCAAUAUAAUUGAUAUAAAUCCUAUCAAUCUAGUCACUUAGAGCUGUAUUUCUCAAAAGAACGCUGGCUAGCAUCUUCCCUACUUAGUACACCAAGUUGUAGGGGAGAGACUUGUAUUUAUUUUAUUAAAAGCAAUCCAAUGGAUUUGUUUUUGUCCAUACUUUGAAAACAGCUUGAAGGAUUUUUCUCAUUUUAGAAGGUAGAAAACAUGUGGACAUGUCUUUUAAAUUACUGUAAUCUAAUAUAUAUUUAUAAAUUAUAGCAUUGAAAAAAGAGCUCUAAUAUUGAUGUUGUUACUUUCUGGUAUUUAAUUUUUAUAAAAUUUUUUUGUAGUAACUAAUUGUAGUGCUUUUAAGUAGUUUAAAAAUCAUUCUCAAAUAAGUUCUGCCCACAUCCUAGUUCCUUGGGGCAAUUCUAAAGUUCAGUAAUCCAGUGUGAAUUUGAAAUAUUCUUUCAUCCCUUCAGUGUCUUUUUAUAUAUAUCAGUACCCAAACGAAGUAUACCAAAAGCCUAAUUUCUGUGUUGCAUUAAUGAAGUACUUGUUAUUUGUCUAAUUCAGUGGAUUAGGUGAAAUAGAGGAUAAGUCUUUUCAAAUGUGCAUCUGGUCAUAAUUUUUCUAAAUGUUCAUUCUGUUCAUUUUUGGUGCAUGAUGCCAAAUUUGUCUUUAAUCAGCCAUUACUACCUGAUAUGUAAUGACAGAUGUUUUCCUAUCUGACCAAUGGGUUAACUAUUUUUCUCUGCAGAUUCUCACUACAUUUUCAAAUAUGUAUUUGGAAAAAGCUGCAAAAUGCUCCUAUAAGUAAGUUAGCAUCUUUGGCCUUAUCUAUGCAUAAUGUUCCUUCGGUUUGGUUUUGACAAACUCGUGGACUUGCAGUUGCUUUGUAGUAUUUUAACUUAUUGUGAUGUAAUGAAUUUUUUGAAAUGUUUACUUGAUUAGCUAUUAAAAUAUAGGAAAUUAUGUGGCUUUGCAUGAAAUAAAGAACAUUUUUACAAGUUCCUAAGAA